AUGGUGGCAUUUAACUGGAAGGCUUUGGAGAAUUUCCCAUUGCUGAUGUACAUUUUGGCAGCUAAAACAUUGAUUCUCUGCUUGGCUUUUGCUGGAGUAAAAAUGUAUCAGAGCAAAAAAAUUGAAGAAAAACUGAAGAGGGAGCAUGAAAAGAAAUUGAAAGCAGAAGCAGAGAAGAAGGAUGACUGA